AUGGCGCUCUCGCGCUUCGUGCUACCGCUAAGGAACCCGCUUUCGUUUUGCAGGUCAGACGCUGCAGCGGAACGGUACAUUGCCUUCGUCAAUGGUGCUCUCGCGCUUCGUGCUACCGCCGCCAAGGAGCCCGCUUUCGUUGAGGACCUGGCCAUCUCGUUCGACAUAUCUGAACAAGAAACAGGACAGCUAGUGCCCCUAUCCGUGGAAGCCGCACAGGGAUGGAUCCGUUACGCUGUGCAGCACGCGGUGAAAUCUUUCAUCUUGAAACUGAUGCUGCCAUGGCAGUGGCGGUUCGACCUGGAUCGCGAUGACAACGACAUCGAGCAUCCUGUGAUGACCCUUGACGAGAUGGAUAAUCACUAUGCAAAGAUGGAGACCAUGCAUUUGAGAUUGGAUCUUUCACUCCAAGACAUAGAGGUCCCAGCCGGUGGUGGCUACCUCCUUUCCCGCCUCAUGUCGUCGGCGUGCUGUCCACGCCUGCACAAGCUUCGGCUUCGGCAAUUGAGUUUUGAGCUCUCUACGAUGGAAGUGAUGUUGCUUAUUGAGGCUAACACACUUUUGGAGCUGUCGCUAGAGUCAAUGUUUGAGCUGCAAUUCUUGGAACUCAGGACGCCUAGUCUCCAAGUUCUACAUAUUGAGGACUCCUUCGAUCUCAAUGGGUUCACAGUCUCAGCUCCAAGGUUGGAGAAUCUUAGGUUCUGUGUACAACAGCCUUUGCAUAUUGAUGACGUUCAUGGUCAAUUGUCAAGUGUGGGAACUCUGAAGAUUCAAAUGUUCUCACAUGGAGAAACCGACAAUGAGGAUAGAAACGAUGCUAGCAUUCAUCUCCUGCAAUGCUGUAGGUUAACUAGAUGCCUUUGUCUUUUGAAAUUCCAAAGCAAUAUUAAAUAUCUCAGGCUACAGCUAUGCUACAUCAUUAAAAAGAAGAACCAAUCAGAAUUGGAUCUCUUAUGUGAUAAUAACUCAUGCCAUUGGAGAUCCCAUGAGUUUUCUCUAGAUCAUCUCGAGAAAGUAGAGUUCAAGGAAUUGAUGGGAACUGAUUGCGAAUUCCAGUUCAUUCAAUCCAUACUGACAAAGGCAACGGGAAUUCGGAAGGUGGGCGGGCCGGGUGCCAUACGCCGGAGCUGGCGGUUACGGCCCGUCGCUGCCAUACCGGUGCCUGACAUAGGUUAG